GAGACUGUCACAAUUAUUGCGGACUCGUUUUGUAAAGAUUUAAUUUUCGUAUACAUAGUCAUUGUGGCGUGAAAAGAGAAAAAUAAUAAAAGUGCAAUUGGAAAUUUAUAGAAAUAUUGUGCUAUUGGUUAGAAACAGAAACGCUAAUGUUUUUCAACGUGUAUUUAAGAGAAAAGUGUAUUACGAUUAGUAUACUGAGUAUAAAGGGCAUCCAAUAAUAAUUAGCCCUUAUAUAUAUACAUACAUACAAAAAUACUUUGUGCAGUACCACAAUCAAUCGAGCCCUAAUCAAAAUUUCGGGGAUAAACAAUUUAAAAGAAAAAAAUUAGAUGCAAUGGCGAUCAGUGCAAAAAGGCUAUCUCCUGUUUGAUAUGUAAAUUAAACCUAAUUUACAUUUGUAACGGGGUAAAACAAAAGCAAACAGUGUAGGUUGCGGAGGGUGUUAGUGGUGUUAGUUGUUCGAUUAGAACAUAGAAAUGUUCUCUUCUCAACAUGCCUGUAGCAGCAACUGCGACGAUGAUGGUUACGAUUUCACUAAAAGUGAAAAUGCAGGGCGCUGGAAGGGUUUAUUUAUACCGUCCCUGAGAAAGGUGUUGGAACAAGUGCACCCACGCUUAUCAGCCAAAGAAGAUGCACUUCUGUUUGUGGAAACACUAUGUUUGCGCAUUUUAGCAAUGUUAUGCGCUAAGCCACUGCCCCACACAGUACAGGACGUGGAAGAAAAAGCGAAGAAAUCAUUUCCAUAUCCAAUAGAUCAAUGGGCAUUAAAUGAAGCCAGAGAGACAGUUGCUUCCAAGAAAAAGAAAUGUGUGCUACCAACUGAUAGAGUACAUAGCAUGCUGCAAAAGGAUGUGCUUCAGUAUAAAAUUGACAGCAAUGUUUCUGUAUUCCUCGUUGCAAUAUUGGAGUAUAUAUCGGCAGAUAUACUAAACUUGGCCGGUAAUUAUGUACGUAAAAUCAAACAUUUGGAAAUAACAAAGGAAGACAUUGAAGUAGCGAUGUGUGCUGAUAAGGUGUUAACUGACAUGUUUUCCCAAAAUGAAAUGAAAUCAAGCACCUUAGCAAUUACACUACCAACACUUCCAGCGCAACGCGCUAGUACAACGUAUGAGGAAGUUGUAAAGGAUCUCAUUAAUGAUGAAAAACAAUACCAACGUGAUUUGCAUAUGAUAAUACGGGUUUUCCGCGAAGAGCUAGCUAAGAUUGUGCGCGAUCCCAAAGAAUUGGAGCCGAUAUUUUCCAAUAUAAUGGAUAUUUAUGAAGUAACCGUUACUUUACUCGGUUCAUUGGAAGAUGUUAUAGAGAUGUCUCAAGAACAGGCUACACCCUGUGUUGGCAGUUGUUUUGAAGAACUAGCUGAAGGCGAAGAACUACAUGUUUAUUCAAAAUAUGCUAACGAAGUUACAUCACCCAAAUCCAAAGAAGCACUUCAAACUCUCUUAGCCAGAACAGAUGCAAAAUCACUAAUGUCAGCUGGCCAUGGAUUUCGUGAUGCUGUUAAGUAUUAUCUUCCUAAAUUACUUUUAGUACCAGUAUCGCAUGCAUUUGUGUACUUCGAUUACAUAAACGUACUGAGAGAGCUAAGUCGUUCAGAGGAUGAUAUUGAGAGCUUCAAACAAGUACAAGGCUUGUUAUGUCCUUUACAAAGUGAACUGGAAAGCAUAUUAGGCAGUCUACCUAAAGAAACUCAUGUGCCAUUGAGUAGUCGUGCUCGUCGCCAAUUAGCUAUUGAACGUACGAGGGAGCUACAAACUUCUGUUGAACAUUGGGAUAAGGAUGUUGGACAAAAUUGCAAUGAAUUUAUUAGAGAUGAUUUUCUUGGAAAAUUGGGUUCCGGAAAGCGCGUUGCUGAACGUAAAGUGUAUUUAUUCGAUGGACUUAUGGUACUCUGUAAAGCGAAUACAAAACGCCAAGUGACCUCAAAUGGCCAACCAUGUUUUGACUAUCGUGUUAAGGAAAAAUUUUUUAUGCGACGUGUAGAAAUCAAUGAUCGCGCUGAUACGGAUGAGUUAAAGCAUUCAUUUGAAAUAGCGCCUCGCGAGCAACCACCAGUUAUACUCAUUGCACGGAAUGCUCAACAUAAAAACGAUUGGAUGGCUGAUCUAAUAAUGGUCAAUACAAAAUCCAUGUUAGAUCGUAUACUUGAUAGUAUAUUAUUGGAUAUUGAAAAGAAACAUCCUUUACGGAUGCCGAGUCCGGAUUUAUACAAAUUUGCUGAGCCGGACAGUCCUGAGAAUAUCGUAUUGGAGGAGCGUGAAAGUGCCGGUGUGCCACAAAUAAAGGGCGCCACGCUGUACAAAUUAAUCGAAAGAUUAACCUAUCACAUUUAUGCCGAUCCGAUGUUUGUGCGCACAUUCCUAACAACAUAUCGCUAUUUCUGCACACCACGUAAUUUGUUAACAUUGUUGAUUGAGAGAUUUAAUAUACCCGAUCCCAGUUUGGUGUAUCAGGAUAAUGCACAAGGUGUUGAUAAGGAUGCAUUGAAUUGUGAUACUGAUAAAUUGCAUAAAAAUUCUCAACGCGAAGACUGGAAACGUUAUCGUAAAGAAUAUGUUCAGCCGGUGCAGUUUCGUGUAUUGAAUGUGUUGCGUCAUUGGGUGGAUCAUCACUUUUAUGACUUUGAGAAGGAUCCUACUUUGCUAGAGGAGUUGGAAAAAUUUUUGGGCAUGGUAAAUGGCAAGUCCAUGCGCAAAUGGGUGGAUUCCGUUUUGAAAAUCGUUCAACGAAAGGUAAGUUUUUUCUUUGAAUACCAACAUUUUUUCCAUAUUUUGAAAAAUUUUCAAUUUUCUAACCGUUUAAUAACUUCACAGAACGAUCAAGAACAAAGCCACAAACCAAUUACUUUUGCUUAUGGUAACAGUCCGCCACCAAUUGAGCAUCAUCUCAAUGUUCCUGAAUCAGAAAUUACCUUAUUAACAUUGCAUCCUUUGGAAUUAGCGCGUCAGUUGACUUUACUUGAAUUUGAAUUGUACAAAAAUGUUAAACCAUCGGAGUUAGUCGGCUCGCCAUGGACAAAAAAAGACAAAGACGUAAAAAGUCCGAAUUUAUUGAAAAUCAUGAAGCAUACUACAAAUGUGACACGUUGGAUUGAGAAAUCCAUAAUAGAUGCGGAAAAUUUUGAAGAACGUGUUGCCGCUGUGGCGCGUGCCAUUGAAGUGAUGAUGGUGAUGCUCGAAUUGAAUAAUUUUAAUGGUAUACUUUCAAUCACAGCUGCUAUGGGCAGCGCUUCGGUGUAUCGUUUAAAGUUAACAUUUCAAGGUUUACCAGCACGCUAUGAAAAAUUUCUAGAAGAAUGCUGGGAGCCAAAUGAUGGCCGCUUAAAAAAGUAUCAGGAACGUUUACGCUCAAUAAAUCCGCCAUGUGUGCCAUUUUUCGGACGGUAUUUAACAAAUAUUCUACAUUUGGAAGAAGGCAAUCCAGAUUUUUUGCCAAACACAGAGCUUAUAAAUUUCUCCAAACGUCGGAAAGUAUCCGAAAUAAUUGGAGAGAUAUUGCUUUAUCAAAAUCAACCGUAUUGUCUGUCAGUUGAUACAAAAAUAAGGAAUUUCCUAGAAAAUCUUGACCCCUUUAAAGGUAUGAUCGACACAGAAAUUUCAAAUUAUUUGUAUAACGAAAGUCUACGCAUUGAACCUAGAGGUUGCAAGCAGGCGCCAAAAUUUCCGCGCAAAUGGGCCUCAAUCACGCUGAAAUCACCGGGUAUUAAACCGCGACGACAAAAUAAUACUAGCCACAAUAACAGUGCUGGUGGCAGUGGCGUGAGUGGCAACUCUUUACUGCAAGCAACAUCCAUAUUUGGUACGCGCAGCACAUCUCAUGGCAGCAAUGUGUCCGAGACAGGCAAUUCAGUUUCUAAUAGCGGUAGCAAUGCUGCGCUGGUAGAUCAGCACAGCCCUAUUAGUUAUAAUGCAAAUGCGAAUACAUCGCAAUCGCACACAAACUCACAAAACUUGACGACAAGUGUUAAUACACUUGAACGUAAUGGAGAAGCACAAAUGUAUGCAACCAAUACCAUAAGUAGCGGUCAUGCUGGUCAUGCUGGUACAGAGUCUAUGGUUAAGAAUGAAUUUCAAUAUUCCAAUGGGGAAGAUGGGAGCGGUCAUACAGCUACAUCUACACCUGCACCUGCACCUCAGCUACCAAAAAAGUCAAACUCGUCGAUAAGCUCAUCGACAUCGGCUGGACCGAAUGCCUGGAGUGGCGAGAAUGUUAUAUCGGGAGCAUGCGCUAGUACACCAUCAUUUGUUGAUACACCACCAACACGUUUAGAUUCUAUAUGGAAUACAUUUGAUGGUACAUAUAUAACGCAUCAAUCGCCGCACAAACAACAGUUAAGGAAUAAUAGCAGCAGUAGCAGUAAUAUGACAAUGAGAAAUGACUAUACUGCAGACGAACCGCCACUACCGUCUCCAUUACUAAGAGUGGUUAGUCCAGGCACUGAGGAACAUAACACUAGUACACGUACACCAUUCCAGAAUGCACCAUCACUUCCUCAUAAAUUCAGUUCCAAUCAUUUUAGUCCAACUAAUAGUGGAGCCUGUGUAAGCUUAGGUUAUGUGAGCAAUGCAAGUCCUCAAUUGCCUGAUUUAGAUACGGGCAAUUCUCCGUUACCUGUUUCACCACACGUGAAUGUGCCACCCCCGCUUACCAAUGAGUAUCGUUCAGUACCGCCGCCAUUGCCACCACGGAGAAAGGAGCGCACUGAGAGUUGUGCAGAUUUAGCACAGAAGAGGCAAGCACCAGAUGCACCAACUUUGCCGCCCCGUGAUGGUGAGCUUAGCCCACCACCGAUUCCUCCCCGACUUCAUCAUUCCAUUGGCACAUAUCCACGUAGUCAAACAAACGAAUUUAAUGGCAGAAGUAAUUUAUUACUACCAAAUACAAGCAGUAUUAUGAUUCGACGUAAUUUGGCCAGUGAGAAGCGUUCGUCUACCGGUGGUGCCGAUAGCGGUGCCGGUGCAGGUGCGUCGAUGAAUACACCAGCCAUGGUGUUGCAUUCAGCAAUUGAGACUACGACAGCAUUGUCGUCAUCCUCUUCUUCUACUUUGACAAGGAAUCCUCCGCCAUGCCCCUCUUAUCCCAUGCCAACAAUUGUUGCAAGCCACCUCAAUGCUGGUGCUCCUGUUUCGGUGUCCACUUUGGAUGAACAAGCCAUAUCACCUGCCCUCAGCUCCUCUACAACGACAUCGCCAAUGACGCCUAUGUCACCAAACUCUCCACACAUUCCAACUGCCGGAGUUCAUACAUCUGAUUUACAUACAACAACAGUUGUUGCACCGUCUUAUCAACGAUAUAAAUCGGCAGCAAUUUCACAAGGUGCAACAGGUGUAUCCAAUGCAGUGAAUCCUUAUGGUGCAGCAGCAAUGGCACAUUAUCAACAACAACAACAACAGCAGCAGCAGCAUCAGCACCAGCAUGAACAACGCUUUGCGCCACCAUUAGUUAGUAGCGCGCUACCAGCGAAUUCGUCUCCAAAUGAUUUACCCAUAACCGAAGGCACCCCAAAACUUCCACCAAAACCUAGUCUUAGUGGAAAUUUUUGCAACUCCUCAGAUAAAGGUACGAUGUUUCCUUACCCAAGUACAAAUCAAGAUUAAUAUUUAUUGCCUGGCGAUGUGAUACGGACGAAGAUUUUUAUCCACUCAGCAAAAUACGUUAUUAUUAUUGUAAAUAUUAAAAUGUAUUAAAUGUAGAAGAUAAAAAUAAAAUAUUAUAGAUUAUUG